CGGCAUGGGUGAAGAUGCUGGGCAGGCUGAGGGUCUUCGGACCCUCGGAGUCUCUGGUCGCCGCGCAUCAGCCUACAAGAUCAGCCGUCGAAGUUCGUCCGAGCUUGGAUUAAGAAGCUACGACAGCGAAGAUGGUGCCCCCGCUGUAACCGCAGCUCCCGACGCGAUGGAUUUGGGGGUGAUGGAGUCGCCCGCUACAGCUUUAGAGACUUCUAGGUCUCGACGUCUCCUCGAAGGAUCCGCGAGCAGUGAGAGUUCUCCCGAAGCCGUCCAGUCACACCCUCAGCUCUCUUCCGCGGAGAGCCGCCAAGAUCGCGAACACUGGGAACAAGAGGAGAACGAAGAGGCUGAGACCCGAGCGGUGGCCACGUCCCCGGACGGUCGCUUUCUCAAGUUUGACAUCGAGAUUGGCCGCGGCUCCUUCAAGACUGUUUACAAAGGGCUAGACACGGAGACCACUGUUGAAGUGGCUUGGUGCGAGCUGCAGACACGGAAAUUGUCCAAAAUGGAAAGGCAGCGUUUCAGUGAGGAGGUAGAGAUGCUGAAGGGACUCCAACACCCUAACAUUGUCCGUUUCUAUGACUCAUGGAAGUCUUCCAUCAAAGGUCAAGUCUGCAUUGUGCUGGUGACAGAACUCAUGACCUCGGGCACCCUCAAAACAUAUUUGAAACGAUUCAAGGAGAUGAAGAUGAAAGUUCUGCAGAGAUGGAGCAGACAGAUUCUUCGAGGACUCCAUUUUCUACACACACGAUCCCCUCCAAUCAUCCAUCGGGACCUGAAAUGUGAUAAUGUCUUUAUCACAGGCCCUACUGGCUCAGUCAAAAUUGGAGAUCUUGGUUUGGCCACACUUAAACGUGCUUCAUUUGCCAAGAGUGUCAUAGGAACCCCUGAAUUCAUGGCUCCAGAGAUGUAUGAAGAAAAAUAUGAUGAAGCAGUGGAUGUUUAUGCCUUUGGCAUGUGCAUGCUUGAAAUGGCAACCUCAGAGUACCCUUAUUCAGAAUGCCAGAAUGCAGCUCAGAUCUAUCGUAAGGUUACCUCGGGUAUGAAACCAAACAGUUUUUACAAGGUGAAGGUGCCUGAACUAAAGGAGAUAAUUGAGGGUUGUAUCCGAAUGAACAAAAAUGAAAGAUAUACCAUCCAGGAUCUUCUAGAUCAUUCCUUCUUCCAUGAAGAUACAGGGGUCCACGUCGAGCUGGCUGAAGAGGAUGACAAUGUGAAGACCACGUUGAAACUUUGGCUACGGAUGGAUGACACUAAAAAACUGCACGGGAAGUACAAGGACAACAACGCCUUGGAGUUUUACUUUGAGCUAUAUAAGGAUGUGGCUGAAGAAGUUGCCCAAGAAAUGGUGGUUCUAGGCUUUGUAUGUGAGGCAGACUACAAGCCAGUGGCAAAAGCAGUGCGAGAGCGAGUUCUUGCUAUCAAGCGCCAGCGUGAGAAGACCAAACAAGCUCAGGAACAGCAGAAGCGUCAGGAGCAAUCUUUAGCAAUGACUCCUGAUAUCCUGCAUUUGCUGGACCUGGACUCCCCCUCGCCUCUCAGUCCUGUCCAGACCACGACCCGCACCACACCUGGGUCUACCGAUUCUGCCCUUGGAUCAACUUUUCCUCCAGAGCCAGAAGAGCCAGAGGUUGACCAGCACCAGCCAUUCCAGUAUCAUCCUAACUAUUCUUCCACCACAUCUGAUUGUGAAACUGAUGGAUACUUAAGUUCCUCUGGAUUUGUGGACUUGCCUGACAAGAGUCAUUCUAAAUCAAUAACUGUUUCGGAACAUUCCUUUGCUUCGACCAUUGCUGUGAGCUUGGAUCCUGUCUCCAUCAGUGACAUCUCUUCCCCUGUUGACAGUUACACAUCUGAUGUGGCAUCUGGCUUGAGUGAUGGCUACGAGGGUCUCUCUGCAAGUGAAGACAAAUCAAAGCCCCAAGCCAAGCGAAGCUCUGGAAGGCUGGUUCGCCGUUGUGCUCGAUCUCGUCUGCGCAUUACUAAUAUGCCAAAUCAAAAUGAUCAAGUAGUUGAGUGUCAACUACAAACAUAUAAUAACAAGAUGGUCACCUUCAAAUUUGAUCUGGAUGGAGACAAUCCUGAGGAAAUCGCAGCUGUCAUGGUUGCCAAGGAAUUUGUCCUGAAAUCUGAACGGGAACAAUUCAUCCAGGGAAUUCAUGAUAUUAUCCUGCGUGUAGAAGCACUCCUCCAGAAGGAUAAGUUGAACAAACAACAGGGGGCUCUGGGCAAGCCUGAUAUGCAAUGUAUAUCUCCUACUUCGGCUACCGGCACUCUCCCAGCCGAGCUGCCACUGCAAGACCUCUCGUGCUCCAUCUCCUCAUCCUCAUCUCUUAGUGAUUGUGGUUGCCUUAGUUCAGGACAGCCUGUGUUGUUAUCACCUAUCCAUACUUCAGUGGUGGAUGCAAUUUCUGAGAAUGAUCCCUUUAGCCCCAGCAUUCCCUCAACAACUACCCAAAAUUUUGGGCAACCAGUACUCUCAACUACAUCUGCAGGCAUCACCAGUAUACCUGGACAGACCUGGCCAACCUACCAUAUGUAUCCAGGGACUCCUACAACACCCUCUUACCUUGUCCCCGUCCCUCAACCAAUUUCUCCACCAAAUUCUGUUCUCCCCACAUUGCCCCUUACCUCUUCCAAUGCCCCAUCCAUUGGCACUGCUGUGCCUGCACCAGCUAUCCCUAUGUGGCCUACCUCUACUUCCCCUUUGUUCUCUCUUGCCGAUGUUUUCUCUCUGGCUAUGAUGAGUAUGGCCCAGUCACUUCUUCCAGCAGUAUCUGCAAGGACUGCCCAGACGGGGCCUCUCUAUACCUCACCAGUCCCACAGCCACCAGUUCUGUGUCCACCCAGCCCCACUACUGUACGUUUUAUCUACCCUGAGCUGGUGUCUUCCCCAAAACCAGCCCACUUAGCCAAUGGGAUGUUGGGGCCAGUGGUGUCUCCAAGCUGUAACCCAACUCCAGUCACCUCAAUUGCUGGGAAUUCUGAGAACAGUCCAGUAGCUCCUGUUUCUUCCUGGUCUGGAUCACAAUUAACCAUAUCAGAUCUCUCUAUCUCCAAUGGUUCUUCUGCUGAACACACAACCCUCAGUGAAGGAGAGCCCAAGCCACAAAUCCUGGGCCGUUUCCAGGUGACACCCACACGGAGUAUCCCAUCAGAAUCUCCCCCCAAAGGCGAUGGACCUGACAUCUCGAGUACUUCCGAAUCUGAUAGUGACUCUCCUGGCGAAACACCUGUGCAAGAAGGCGAGGAGGGUACCACUCCCGUGGCAGAGGGAGAGGGUGAUGGCGAAUCUACUCAUAGCAACAAUGUUUGGAUGAAUUAUAUGCACAGCCCUUCCUACCCCAGCAGUGAUGAUUCAGACAGCACAGAAGAUGAUGACGUCUGGGAUGAACUACAAGCCUUGCGCCAGAAGCAUCUCUCUGAAGUUGAAAAGCUCCAAGCUCAGCAGAAACAAGAAAUAGAAGAGCUUUAUGCCCGCCUUGGCAAGGUGCCACCUGCUGGAAUUGUAUCACCUGCCACCAUGCUCUCCAGUCGCCAGCGCCGCCUCUCUAAGGGCAGCUUCAAUCCCCUGAGGCGCAGCAGCCUACAGCGCCCAGACGCAACACAGCCUCAAGGGAUCAUGAGGAGAAAUUCUGUGAGUGGCGGCAACCUUGCUUCCCAGGAACAGCGACAAAGUAAAGGCGUGAAGUUUGCUAGUGAUAUUGGAUGUCUGUAACCAAACCAUUAGAUGAUACAUCUGUGGAUUCUACCUCAACCUGAUGCCCACCCUCAAAAGGAUGGAAUGAAAGGGCCUUCUGCAACAUAUGCUUUUUGCUCAGUUUAUAAGGGCAGUCACUAUUAUUUAGUAUGGCAAAUAUAUUUUGAUAAGAGGAGCAGAAUUGAUGCUCCUGAGAAUUGUAUAUGUACCAAACAAUUAAGGAUGAAAACACUUUGGUGCUACUGAGUUUCUCUUUAUAAGUAUGCAAAGGGAUGCCAAGCCUCUGCGAUUUGGGAGGAUUUAUCAUGGAAAUGCCAGGAUGUGCAUGCUUUUCUAUUGCUUCUCUCUUAUAAAGGAAUGUAACUAAAAUAGAAGUAAAGGGUGCCUAUGGGAUUUUUCAUGUUCUGGAGUGCAAUCCUUAUGCUUCAAGCUUUAUUGAUCUAUGUGCCUUGAUAAGAGGAGAUCAAGACCUAGAGUAGAUCUUAAUAGCUCUCCUAAUUUCCAAAGCCACAGGAGGCUUCUCUAAAUCUUUAAGCAGCUUUUUUAUGGGAGAUAAGUAUGCCUUAGUCUUAUAGGAAUUAGGUCCUCUCCUCAUUAAUUCAGCUGCAAGUUUAGCCUUAAAAACAGUGGCAGUCUACUUGAUCUCCUCUGCACUUUUGGACAUUUUUGCCUUGAUUAAGGAUCAACUUUUCUUACAAGGGUGUCUGCACUUUGGAGUAACUUUGUACAUGAGAUUUUGUGCAUCUACCAUAAUACAGUAUAUAAAGACAUGCUUUGAAAGGAAAGCUGAUAUUGUAGUAAGACAGCACCAACCUGGCCGAAAAUAAAAAAAAAUGUGAACUUAAUGAAAAUAAAUAAA